AUGCAUAAACUGGUGUAUAUUCAGUGUCGUUGUUGUUACUGUAUUGUGUCUCUAUCUCCUUCCAUCUUUUCACUUUAUUAUUUCUACGUUGAUUUUUGUCACCGAUACGGACAUUUUAUUCAUAGCACCGAUUACCAGGUUUUGAACACAUAUACAUAUUACCAGCAACUUUGUUGUUUCAACAGCAAAACACUGAAAUCUAAUAAGCAACCGCCAAACAGAAGCCACGUUAAAGAUUUAGUAUACAACAAUUGCAAAUCCCUUGAUAAUACGACAAUACCUUUCAAAUUACUAAUUUUUAAGUGCAUUUCCAAAAUUAUUCAUCAGCUUCAGCUGCGUAAUAGUAUUACAGACAGCAAUUGUUAUUAUUACAGAACUGUCAGAAUCAAUAUUUACAUUGAUAUUCUCUCUCUUGCUCAAAUAACAAAGUAUACCAAAGGUAAGUUAGUCAAAAACACUAAGCUCCAUUUGGAGCAUCAGAUGGCUGAAGAAUCUGUAGACAGUGGAAUUUCUAGUGAACUGUAUACCAUAAAUACUGAUCACAAUCAGGGUCAUUCAAACAUCGAUUCACAACUGUUAGCACAUAACAAUAAUAAAGAGGAAUCACAAUUAAUAAAAUUUGCGAACACUAUUGUUUCCCCUUCAAAUUCUCAUUUUCAGUUAUAUCAAGAAUGCACUGCACCAAGAAAACAUGUAGUCGGCUUUGGAAAUUAUCCAUAUGAUAAUUCUAAGCCAGACUGCCCUCAUUUUUCUCCUCUUAAAAAAAGAAACAAUUACAGCAAGAAUAAAUAUUUUGAUAAGCAUCAGAUCUUGAAAAAGCUCAAAAAACCAAAUUUCAGUUCAAUUGACUCAGCAUUUGAAACAAGUUCCGAGUCAACACUUUCACUAGUAUCAAGUUUAUCUGGAUCUGUUAGAAAUUUGAACUCGACGCCCAAGUGGAGUUUUCAUUUUGAUAAUUUAAAGUAUACCAAUUUUUGUGAUUACACUAACUUCAUUGGAGAAUCGAAUAGAAACAUGACCGAUAAUCCUAACAAAUCUGUUUAUCAAGAUUACUAUACCUGUGAUAAACAGUCUAAUAGAUACAAUUUGAAUGAAAAUAAAAAUGUAAAUCCUCGAGUACAUUUUGUUCCAGAAGAAGGCAUAAAUAAGACGAAUUUACCUGGACCAAGUAGAGCAGUUUCAGGAUACAGUGCAGAUUUAACAGGUGGCGUAUGUGAUCAAAGCAAAAUGUUAUCUCAGUUGCGCUCAGCACGUGACUAUGUGUAUAUGCCAACUAAUCGUGCAACAGUGCAGCAAGGGCUUGGGGCAUGUAAUAUUCGUGCCGGGCAGUUGUUGUCCAAUUGGCAACGUCAACAACAGCAACAACAACAAAAUCAGCAACAAAGUCACCUACGUGAUACUUUCACGGAGGGUUUAAUCUCUAAUCUGGACCAACUAACCGAUAGUAAAUCCAGAAACUUACCUCAUAGUCUUGUGAAUCCUUAUUUUCAGCAGCAAACAGGUCAAAUAAGCCAACAACAACAGCAAACACAACAGAUUCAAAACCAGCAGCAAGCGAAUUACCAACAACUAAUUUCAGCUUUGUUAGCAGCAGCCUCUGUGAAUAAGUCACGCGUGGAAUCCCAACCAUCUUUCAUGUCUAAUAUUCCAUCCAUGACUAUGGACUCAUCAAUGAAUCAACAAAAAUUCAUUGCACCAAAUCGUUGGUCUGAUUCUGAACUUGCCAUUAAUAAUGCGAAAGAAAUCCACUUUCAAGCACAACAGCAGCAGAUCAGACAGCAGCAACAACAAGCGACUGCAGCAGCGGCUGCUGCUGCCGCUGCUGCUGCUGCUAUGGCUGCUAUGCAGUGCUCAGCAAAAUCUUCAAGUAAUAUCCCUUCAAAUAUCCAAAGGCAGGUCCCUUUACUGCUUAGUAGUGGUAGUGCUACUAGCAGUCAUAAACAAGCACCACAACUACGUUCUUCAUAUUCAUCGGGUGAUGAAUCAUCAGCAAUGCGGAUAAUAAAUCCUGCAUCACUGGUGACACCUACAAUGCAAUCUCUACGUAGGUACUGUACACCUGAUACAAAUGCCAACGAAACCAAAGUGUCUCAGCCUAUUUUAGCUCCUCAGCAAUCCAUGGUUUCAGUUCCCGAAGGCAUUCCACUUUCUGAACAAAACAGUAAAGUGCAACAGGCAAGACAACAGCUUAUUACACAACUGAAUAAGUUUCAGGAUUUAUCAGUUUCUGGUGAUGACUAUGCAAACUAUCAGUGUUUAGAAGCCCUACUAGGACAAACGUCAAGACAGCCGUUAGCGCCAGCUCCUUCACUCCAAAUGGAAAAUAUUCUCUGUACAGAUCCUGCUGGGACUAGGUCGUCCUAUCCAAAUGAAUCCCUGUACCUGUCUUCUAAAGCUCCUGGACAAUUACUUGGAAGUGCUCGUACUUCCACAGCACUAAACAGUCUUUCUUGCCAAACUGAUUUAGAGACAGCCUACUCUAAUAUCGACUCACAACUUUUGGGGACUACAAAAGUAUUAUCUGAUCGUUUUGGUGACUUCCUCACUUUACCCAGUGAACGUUGUCUGUCAGCUACUCAGGCUCAAAAUUAUCCCACACAGUCGUCUGUAUAUGAAUGGGAUACUUGCAAUACACCGGCGAGAACAAUGAACCUGCAAAAUAUUGAUCGUUCACUUAAAUCAAAUAAUUUGAAUGGAUUAUUUAUACUACAUGUUAUUGCUGGGAAGGGCCUGAAUUCUACCCACAUUAUAGUCAGAGAUCUUUAUUGUGUCAUUGAAAUGGAUUCGGUGCGUAAAGCUCGCUCAAUGAUCCGCACUAGCACAAGUUAUUUUGAAUGGAACGAAGUAUUUGAACUUGAUAUGGAGGACAAUAGAUUUUUGGCUAUUUUACUAUACCAGUGGGAUCCACGUACUAAACAUCGAUUAUGUUUUUAUGGUGGAAUUGAUUUAAAAAACCUACUUAGUAAGUUAACGUCAUCGAAUAGUACACCGUCUACAUCGUAUACACCAACAAGUGAUGUUAUUCUGAGUCCUUCGAUUUCUAUUGUAUCUAAAAACUUACAUAAAAUUGCUUUGCAGCUUGAGCCAAGAGGUGUGCUAUACUUAGAGCUUGGACAUAUACCACUGGAUAAAAUAUUUCAUCGUAACCAACACUUACUGAGCACUACCACGUUAAACUCAACAAGUGUUGAUCGUUUGCUCUUCGGUGUAUCUAUCGAUGAACUAAUUGAACGUGAACGUGUUAUCUGUCAGAUUACUGAAUACUACUCACCGAAACAAUUAACUUACCAAAAUACUACAGAUUAUAUGUUUAUUCCAUUAUUUAUAAGAAAGUGUGUCGAAGAAAUUGACAAACGUGGCUCAGAUGUUGUUGGUGUUUAUCGCCUAGCCGGUUCUGUAUGGAUGAAAUUACAAGUACGUGAAUUGUUUAACCGUGUUACGAAGUCGACGCUGAAAGCAUUAGUUCAUGAAGAUGCUAAAGCAAUUAAAGAUAUUAUACAAUUAGUGGAUUUAUCAGCACAGCGAAUUCCAGAUAUUCAUGCCAUAACUGCUGUUUUCAAAGAUUUUCUUCGAGAACUACCAGAACCACUGUUCACUAGUGCAUUAUAUCCCAUGUUCUAUGAUGCUAUGCAAAUAGCACUGCCUGGAUUUACACAAAGUGGUGCAAAACUUGUGUUAAAUAUUCUCGACUGCUUGCCAGCAAAUAAUCAAGAAAUCCUCUUGUACCUUUUGGAUCACUUUAAACGGUUAACUAAUAACUGUGAAGUCAAUAAAAUGGAUACACAGAAUCUAGCAACAUGUCUCGCUCCAGUUUUAUUUUAUCCAUCACCGAACUCUGCUCGAAGCCUGGAUCCAAAUGUUUUAGAACCUAGAAAAAUGGCUGAAAUAUUUAAAUUUAUUUUGGAAAUAUGGCCAGAUGACCGCUCAAGAUCACACAAAUUUAACGCAACUGAAUCAUGGAUUUCCCCGUAUUCCUCUAAUAUCCCUCUUCCUGAAGACCAGCAUCAAACAGGAUACCAUCAUCAUCAUCCUAAGCAUCGGUAUGAUCAGUCGAGUCAUCGAGCAUCAAGUGCCGUUAGGUCGACAUUAUCCGGACCAGCUGGAACUGGAGUGGGAUAUCGAUCACCGCAUACAGUGCAAAGAUCUAGUAUUCUUACUGGUAAAGCUGAGUCAGAUAAAUCAGAUUAUGCAGGCAUAAGUCGAAGUGGAAAGUUAAAAUAUGGCAAUGGUUCUAACGGUUCAUCAAGACAUGGAAUUAACCCAGAAGAACAUAGAAGGACUAGCCGUGAUCCCCGCCAAACUGUCAGUUUCGGUAACGCGAAAACCAUAAGAACCCAUUCAACACAACGAAAGACUAUGUCUCAAACGGAUAUCAAUCUAGGCAGUAACCGAGGGUAUUCAGUUGGCUUUGAUUUCAGAGAUCAGCAAGUCAUUCCACCUACUGAUGAUUCCAGCAUUCGAGCCCAUCCUCGUUUUCAAGACAUACCAACAACUGGUUCCACUGGAACAGAUAGUGGAACAAGAUCAAGUUUAUCAGUUGGUUCAAGACAACCUUGCCCGCCACCACAUACCAGCUCAUCUGUUGACAGGGGGACACAUAGUGAACUCAUCCGAAGCUCUAGUCAAGAACGUCAACAUUAUGGGCGGGCACACAGACUUUCUAGACGCUCUCAUCCGUUCAGUUAG